AUGGCUCCGCCCCCACUAACCAGCGUCACCGUCGUGACUCGCUUGCAGCCAGGCAUCGCGGAGCUCUCGCACGUGACGGCUACGCUAUCGGCCUUCCUGGACCGGUCCUCGAGUCUGCCGCUGGCUCGAGCUUGCGCGGUAGGCUCCGUGGCGCUCCUGGAAAGGAUCUGGACCGCCAGCAAGUCAACGGAGACCGCCGUGGUCCCGUGGUGCCAGCCGACGAAUACGUGGCGGCCGUCUCGGAUGCUGUGGACCAACCGCUACUACUACCAAGACCAGUUCGCCAAGGGCAUGAUCGAGGCCUGCAAGCACGCGGAUGCGAGCACGGUGCAGUGGCUGGUGGAGCACUUCUCAAGCUGCGUGGUGCCCGCUCAAGCGAUCGAGGCGGCGGCCCAACGAGGACAGCGGGAGAUCUUGGAGCUGCUGCUGAAGGUUCAUGGGGACUACAAGAGGGCGUCCAUGCCCGGAGCGCGAGCUCGCGCCGAGAACAAGCCCCACCAGGUCAAGUUCUGGGAAAGCAACGCCUUGUUGGCUGCUGCGACGGGAGGCCAUGGGGAUUUGGUGGUGUGGAUGUACGCGGACGUUUUCAAUGGCUUCUACAUGCAGAGCAACCAGGAAGUCAUGGACCAACUUGCACGCCACGGAGACAUGGAGGCCGUACGACGGCUCGUUGCGGAUCGCUGGCAGCCACCACGCCUCGACUUCGCAGCCGAAGGGGUCAACGUCGCUAUGGUGCAGUGGCUCCUCGACCAGCACAAGGAUGUUGGCAAGGAGUGGGCACUCAAGAAUGCGGCGGGAAAGGGGCACUUGGAGGUGGUGAAGCUGCUAACGAACGAAGGCCUGGUGUUCCUCGACGGCCAAGCGUUUUGUGACGCCGCAACGCACGGCCACUUGGCGGUGGUGCAGUGGUUGAAGGAGAAUAAUCUUGGUUGGAACAUGGCGUACAAGGCGAUCGACUUGGCGGCCGCUAACGGACACUUGGAAGUCGUCCGGUACCUCCACGAGAUCUGCUCCGCUGUGUGUACGCACAAGACGAUGCGAGCCGCCGCAAGCAACGGACAUUUGCGCGUGGUUCAGUGGCUUCACGCGCAGUUUUCAGAGGAUCUGAGCGUGGAUUUGUACGCGGCGGGAACCAAGCAGCAGUUCAACACCACGGUGAUGGAUGUCGCCGCAAUGAAUGGGCAUCUCCACGUCUUGAAGUAUUUGCACGACGUGGCUCUGGCGAUGGAGACUGUGGACCUGCUCCAAGAGUCUACCGGGGCGACGGUACCGACCUGCACACCUGCAGCAAUCCAGUUUGCAGCCGCAGGCGGCCAUCUUGAGGUGCUGCAGUGGCUCCACGUUAACUACUGGACAGAACCAUUGGUAGACGUCAUGGACGUCGCCGCUUCGAGUGGCAACCUGGCGAUGGUGAAGUGGCUCCACGAACACAGUGCAAGUAAAUUCUCGUCAGCAGCGAUGGACGGUGCAGCUAGUGAAGGGCAUCUGGCUGUGGUCCAGUGGCUGCAUGAAAACCGGUCCGAGGGCUGCACGGUCAAGGCGAUGGAUGACGCUGCUGCAAUGGGCCAUCUUGAAGUCGUUCAGUGGUUGAGUGGGCAUCGGACGGAGGGCUGCUCAGCGAAGGCGCUGGAGGGAGCUGUAAGCGCAGACCACUUCGACGUCGCGCUGUUUCUUGCUUCGGAGUGUCCGGGGCUUGGCUGCGUGACAGAGCACGACUUCAUAGACAAUCGCUACAUCAGCUCGUGGAUGGAGGAAGAAUACCCUCAGCAGGAGUAA